AUGGCGUUACUCCCACAUUCCUUGACUUGUGCCUUCCAUUUACUGAGAAUCGUUGACAUCAAUGGUCAAGUGAUCGCUGCUGUGUUCUCCUGUCAUGCGACGGCGAAGACUCCCACGAGGGCUGAGAACCCCACGCUUGGACCGCCCCACGAGUCUGCCGCGUGCAUCAAUGUAACUGUUAAGUAUCAUUGCAUGAACUGUCUGACUGAUAAGGGUAUUGCUUAUCGAUGCACAAAUACAACGAUUCUCUAG